AUGGCCGACUCCACCCCCAACGUCGCCGCGCUCCGGCCCAUCGAACUCCAAAAUGCCUGGCAGGUCGACCAGGCCAUCGUCACCGAAACCGAGCGCGUCGUCAUCAUCCGCUUCGGCAAGCACACCGACCCGGACUGCAUGGUCCAGGACAAGAUCCUGUGCAGUAUUACGCCCAUCGUCAUGAAGUUUGCCACCAUCUACUGCUGCGACAACCAGCAGGUGCCCGACUUUAACAAAAUGUACGAGCUCUACGACGCCUGCACCAUGAUGUUCUUCUGGCGCAACAAACACAUGAUGAUUGAUCUCGGCACCGGCAACAACAACAAAAUCAACUUUGUCAUUGAAGACAAGCAGGAACUCAUCGACAUCAUCGAGGUCGUCUACCGCGGCGGCAAGAAGGGACGUGGUCUGGUCAAUGCGCCCAAAGACUACUCGACACGCCACCAGUACUAG